CGCUUUAAAUAGCCCUUGCUAGCUUGUUGCCGCUGGCGUCAACCGAAGCUGGGGGAGAGAAACAGUGGAAGAGGGCUGAAAACGAGUGUCUAAAGGAAUAAUAAGCUCGAUUAACAUCUGUCAAGGUGGAAGAAAGAAACUGGACAGGUAUCACCAGCAACUUGGCAACAUCCCUUCUCUCCCCUGGCUUUCCUGUCUGGAGGAACAUCGCCCAAAAUAUCAGAUAUUUAAGCCACAGAGUGCCUGAUAAGUUUGAACUUCAUCUUCAUCACUUCAGAAGUCUGAACCAGCACCUAAACUAAGACAGAUCACACAGACACCAAAGGUUGAACCCCUCUAAGUUUUGUGCACUCCUAAGGAUCAAACACAUCUGAUCCUCUAAACGUUAUCAAUUACUAAACCAGGAAUCUGUAGACGGUGCUGAGUAACAUCAUGGCCGCCCAAAACAAAGCGUCAGGGCCCGAAAUCCCAGACAACCACAAAGACAGCUGGUUGGCUCUACUUUCUGCUGCAGAAGCAUAUUGCCAAAAGUCUGGCUGUGACCUGGCCUUACUCACGGCCUGUAAGAAGUUCCGAUUCUUGACUGGAGACUCGGAAGGAGUGAAGAAGCGGGAAGGCAGUGUCACUUUUCCCAGGGAGUUUGACUUCUCCUACAACGUGUGGGGUCACGGGUUUCUGGCCGAGUCUGCUCGCCGUUACAUAGACGACAUCGCCGUUCUGCACUCCACGAGUAUGCUGACGGCCCAGAAGCAAACCCGCCCCGCUGCCGAAGAGAGAGGAGCCAAGCUGACGGCUGAUUUGACCUCUGACCCCGGACACAGAGGAAGCGCGCCAGGUGAGCUGGGCGGAGUCACCCCCAACGACAGGUUGUUCUCUCAGAGCUACCCCUCCAUCUACAGCUCGGUAUCUGUGAGCGGGGCAGCCACGGAGCAGAACGCUAACGGAGAGAGGGAACGAGAGAGGAGCUCUCUAGAAGCCGAGCGAGAGAGGCAAAGAGCUGGGAUUGUAGAUUUGGAAGAAGAGGGUGAAGAUGAAGAAGAUGAGGAUGACAUGGAUGAGAGGCAACCUUAUGGACAUGAAAGUGCAGGUGUUUUCUCCAUGGACGAGGACUCUGUAUCCCGUGACUGUGAGCCCUUUUUUGAGUCCGAUGGAGAGGAAGAGAGCACUGAUGGCUCCAUGAGCGAGGAUGCGCCCCCACCAUCGCGCUCCAUGGCCGUGGGUCAGCCGGCGUUCCUGCCCCGUAACGCCCACCCCACGGCUCUGGCGCGCUCCCUGCCCGUGUCUGUGCCUGUGUGGGGCUGCAAAAGCAACAGAGCCGCUCAGGGAGACGGCAACAGCGGCGAGCGGGUGGGCUGUGCUGACCUGGAGCACAUCGCCGCCAGUAUGAAGGCCCUGCUGGUCCCCGGAGCAACCGACGGAACAGAGAUGUUCGGGGCCCUGCCCCGGCCCCGCCUCAACACGGGGGACUUCUCGCUCAAGCACUGAGAGGGCCAGAAUGAAGGAGACCGGAAGGGAUGGAGGCCCGGGGUCAGGUUGUGACGGCGGCGAACUUCGCUUUUAAAAGCUAACGUGACGUUUGUGAAAAAGCGUAAAAGCUAGUACCUCCAUUUAUUUCUCACUAACUCAAAUUAACGGCACAUGCUUUGAAAAGAAACGGUCAUACAGAAAUGUUAUCAACGCUAAUAACAUUUUCAACACUACUACCCUCCAUACUUGAACUAGCUGUACAACACUAAACUGCGACCCACGGCGCCCAGCAGCCACCGCGGCGGCAAUCUUUGCCUUUUGGUCAAACUACCUAGAGGUUUUUGGGGGAAAAAAACGAAAGAAUUCAUUCAUUUUAGUGAACAGCUGCGCCCAAACAACAUCGGAAAGAAUCCUUCAGUUCAGCAUCGAGCCUGUCAAACAGACUACAGAGGGUUAAAAUAUUUACCUCAAACACAUCUGGCAGCUCUUUCAGCUUUGCUUAGCUGAUGUGAAAAUAAUGAUUUCUCUCUUGAACUGUAAUCCAAACUGCACUUUCUCAUAUUUCUGCAAACUUAAUAGACUUUUACCGUCUAUUUAAAAAAAAAAAAAAAACAAUGACUUUUCUAACUGCCCUCAGAUCCACCCCAGAGCAGGCAGUUUCCAUGUUCAGUCUUCUGUUUAACAUCAACAGAUACCCUGAAGGCAGCGGAAGCUGCAUCUGGUUGCUGUAGUUUCUUUAUUGGACUAAUUAUAGCCAUUAGCCCCCCCCCCCCCCCCUCGUCGUUUACCAGGUAAGAUGACCAAAAGGCUCUGAAGCCCCGCCCUGUUGCCCCCACAUGUUUUCCCCUAUCAGCUGAGGGGGGUAGAAACCAGAGAGAUGGUUCAACAAGAAGCUAAAAAAAAGUGAGCAGGGAACACCAGCACCUCCUCAUAUCACGCCUGUUUUUACUUUUGCCAAUGAAUGACUGACUGAAUGAAUGCAAAUCAAUACUGAAUUCGAUGGGAUGUAUUUCUUUUUUUUGCUCCUCAUUCUCCGUGGAAAUGACAGAAUGAAUGAAACAGUGACUGUGAGACAGAAGGAGUGGGUUCAAAAAGCAGAGCAUCCACCUUUACAAAAAAAAAAGUGUUCCAUUUCUUCUUUGAUGUUUCAAAAUAAAAAGGAGCAACACCAAGAAAAAA